AUGGCAGAGGGUGGCAUUGGCGGCAGCGACGAGAGCUUCAUCUCGUUUGCGUUUGCGGUGACGUCAGUCAUUCUCAUUGUGCUCUACAUCCCAUGGAUGAUCGGGAAGGCACGCCGGUUAGUGCUCUACUAUCAGUCGACAAAGAAGGAACAGGCAAGCAUGGCAAGCCCGUUGACGGAGCUGUGGGACUCCGCAACGUACAUUCCGCGUGUGCUGUACGCCGUCGCCCAGGACCCAAUGACGAUCAUUGCCGGUGCGAAGGUGUGCACUGCGGAGAAAGUCUUUUUUAUCCGUUGCGUGAUGCCGAAGUUUCUCAAAUUUGUCAUCCGCCCUCGCAUCCUGUUGCCGAUAGUUUGGUUUGUACUCUUUUCCUCCGCCAUGUACGCCUCCCUCACAUUCGAUCCGCACGCCAUUCUUGGACUGCCAUCCUCGGCCUCCACCGCUGAGAUUCGGAAGACGUACCGUGCCCUCUCCAAGCGGUACCACCCCGAUCACAACAAGACGGAAGGCGCCCGUGAGCUGUACGUUCAGGUGCGUCGCGCCUACAAGGCGCUCGUGGACCGCGAGGCAUUUGAAGAGGAGGAGAAGCAGACGGUGCAGGAGUUCUCCGUUGGUGUAGCGCUCCCGCGUUUUCUAACUUCUCGCGAGCAUGACGGGCUCGUGCUGUUUGGCCUCCUCGGACUUCUCAUCGGACUGCCCAUCUACAUCUGGUACACCUUCACAAACGACAAGAAAGUUCCGCGGCUGCUCUGGCACAUCCGCUUCGACAAGGAGCGCGUCGAGCACUUCCUGCAGCAUUUCGGUAUCCCUGUCGAUCCCAAGUACGUUGCACGGCGCAACUCACGCCGCGCCAUUCUGCAGAUCCUCAUCGCGCUCAGCAUCGUGCCACCGAACGUGCGUGAGGACAUUGUGAAUGCGUUUCCUCCGCUUAUCGAUUUCGUGCAGCGGUGCAUCGAGGCCGAGAAGAACGCGGCGUUGUUCCGCAACUUGGGUCUCGAUGCCAAGGCGGUGGGCGCCCUGCAGUCGUACAUGGCUGUGAACGGCGUCAAAAUCGUGGACGAGUACGAGGCGGCGAACCCGCUGAACAGCGAGGAGCCCAAGGCGGACGACUUUCAUCGUAUUCCACUUUCUGCGUAUCGUGCCACCCGCUAUCUCUUCCAGCAGCACACGAUUCAAGUAGAUCGUGCGCUGGAGGAGCUUCAGGUGGCGAUGGGCGGCAACGUGCCAAGUGCCAAGAAACUGUUGAACCUGCAUGAUGAGCUCUACGAUCUGCUCGACAUGGUGUACCUGCGCUCCGAGAAGCCCAACAAGCAACUCGUCAUGAAACUUAUCUCGGUGCCGCAACGGGUGUCCGACGUUAUCGACGCCAUAGAGCCCGAGUUGCAGCUUGUCUACCACCGAUACUACAAACACUACAUGAACCAGAUUCAGCAGCAGCAGCGCGCCGCCCGCGGCGGGGGUGCGCGCCAGCACUAG